CUUUCGCUUUCGUCCUUUGCUUCCUGGACCGACCCACCGCGGGGCACGACCAAGCAUCCCAUGGCGACCGAAGAAUUCGCCGUCGAGGUCGCCGACGCCGACCGGUGCGACGUGCCGGCGUCGCGCUUCGCUCCGAUCGCCGCCGGAGGCGACGCCAAGCCCGACGCCACGUCCGUCGAGCAGUACACCGAGGACGGAGGCCUCUACGACGCGAUCGCCGCUUCUCUUCUCCAAAGCAGGUCAAAACGCCUCAACGAGGGCGGCGGCGGGGCGGCGGCGGCGACGGCGACGGCGACGGCGACGGCGAGGUGCGAGUCCCGGACCGGGUUCCUGCCGGAACUCCGUCUUCGUCUUCUUGGAAGCGAAAGAAGAGGCCCUGCAGCGGCUCGUCGGUGGCGGAACCAGGUCAGCCCUCGAAUUCCGAGCCCGAUCCUUCCUUCGUCUGUGAAAUCUGCGCCGUGCCGCGGACGAAGAAGGUCCUGUUUCGUAUCGCGGGCUGUGGUCACGCAUGUUGCGGCGGCUGCGUUACUGAACACGUAGCUUCGAAGCUUCGCGACGGCGUGACGCGCGUAGACUGCCCUGUCUCGGGCUGCGGCGGCGUUCUGGAGCCGGCGUGUUGUAGCUCGAUGCUUCCUCCGGAGGUGUUCGACCGUUGGGGGAAUGCGUUGUGCGAGGCUCUGAUUUCGGAGGCGGAGAGGUUUUACUGCCCAUUUACCGAUUGCUCAGCGUUGUUGAUCGACGACGGAGGGGCGGUCGUGAGGGAAUCGGAGUGUCCGGAUUGCCGGAGACUAUUCUGUGCGCAGUGUAGAGUGCCGUGGCAUGCAGGGUUAGAGUGUCAGGAGUUUCAGGGGUUGGAUGAGGGGGAGAAAGGGAGGGAAGACACCAAGAUUGAGCUGGCUCCAUCUUCGUCCUCGCGAAAGCCAAAGCGGAAGAGGAAGCCCUGCGGCAGGUCAUUGGUCAUUGAAGCAGAUCAACCGUCGAAUUCUGAGCCCAAUCCUUCAUUCAUCUGUGAAAUUUGCGUUGAGCCAAGGAUGAGCAGCGACCUGUUUCGUAUUAAGGGUUGUAGUCACGCAUAUUGCAAUGAUUGCAUUACUAGAUUCGUAACUUCAAAGCUGCUCGACAACGUGAUGCAAAUAGAGUGCCCUGUCUCGGGCUGUGUCAGCAAUCUGGAGCCGGAGGAUUGUAGGUCGAUACUCCCUUCAGAAGUGUUCGAUCGUUGGGAUGAUGCUUUGUGCAAUGCUCUGAUUUUGGAGGGGGAGAGGUUUUACUGCCCAUUUAAAGAUUGCUCAGCGUUGUUGAUCAAUGACGGAGGGGUGGUCGUGAGGGAAUCAGAGUGUCGAACUGCCGGAGAUUAUUCUGUGCACAGUGCAGAGUGCCCUGGCAUGCAGGGGUGGAGUGUCAGGAGUUUCAGGAGUUUCAGGAGUUAGAUGAGGGGGAGAGAGGGAGGAAGGACACCAAGAUUGAGCUGGCUCCAUUGUCGUCCUCGCGAAAGCCAAAGCAGAAUAAGAAGCCUGACAGUGAGCCAUUGGUCAUCGAAGCAGAUCAGCCGUUGAAUUCCGAGCCUGAUCCUUCAUUUAUCUGUGAAAUUUGCGUUGAGCCAAGGAUGAACGGUGACCUGUUUUGUAUUAAGAAUUGUAGUCACGCAUAUUGCAAUGAUUGCAUUACUAAAUUUGUAACUUCAAAGCUGCACGACAACGUAAUGCACAUAGACUGCCCUGUCUUAGGCUGUGGCGGCGUUCUGGAGCCAGAGUAUUGUAGGUCGAUACUCCCUCCGGAGGUGUUUGAUCGUUGGGGCAAUGCAUUGUGUGAAGCUCUGAUUUUGGAGGCGGAGAGGUUUUACUGCCCGUUUAAGGAUUGCUCAGCGUUGUUGAUCAACGAUGGAGGGGCGGUUGUGAGGGAAUCGGAAUGUCCGAACUGCCGGAGAUUGUUCUGUGCACAGUGCAAAGUGCCCUGGCAUGCAGGGGUGGAGUGUCAGGAGUUAAAUGAGGGGGAGAGAGAGAGGGAGGACAUAAUGUUGAUGAAGCUGGCUGAGAAGAAGCACUGGAGGAGGUGCCCUAAAUGCAGGUUCUUUGUUCAGAAGAAAUCUGGUUGCGCAUUUGUGAAGUGCAGGUGUGGAGUUGAAUUCUGCUACCGAUGUGGAGCCGAGGCAAAAUUGUCGCAUUAUUGUAAUAACUGUCGGUGUUGAAUCCUCUCGGCACAAUGGGCAUAAUCUCUUCUUUAUGCUAUUGCAGCAUGGCAGUAUAGUAUAUACAUCCUGAUGCGGGGAGCAUCAGGCUCGAUGGAACAAUUAUCAAGCUCAAGCUCAACUGGAAGCAGUUCUGAUCGAUGUCCAUGGCUGUUUGUUGAUUUUCUAAGGUGGUUAUUCGUCUCCUAAGGCUAGCGGAUGAAUUUGGAGCGUCUAAUAUUAGGUACAUGCAUUUGGUCUUUGGUAAAUGCAUUUAGUCCUAGUUUUUAUGGGUCUUUAUUAUAAAGUCAGUUUCAAGAGUCUUAAUUAUGUAAAAUACACCAAGGCUGCGUUUGGUCAUCCGGAUUUAAACGGGAUAGGACUGGAUAUGAUAAAAUAAGAAAUUCAUGGAUUUCAUUAUAUCCCAUCAACUGUUUGGUGUACUACGGAUUUAAAGUCGGAUAUCCUCAUCUCCUAUUCAAUCUACUGUUUGUUUGGUGAA